GACUUUAGACGCGUUUACAUAGGGUUUGUUGCAAGCUUAUAUCUCCGUCCGUGAUGUUGCAAAAGAUGCCAAUGGUGCUGAGCAAUUUACAAAAUGAUCCCCUCUAAAUAUUUGAAGACCACUGCAUCGAAAUUAUCGCCAAAUUAACGAGCUAGAGCCUCGUCAAACAUGCUAUGUAAACCGGGUUUUUGGUAUACACAACAUGGCGGAAAUCGUUAGACAUUCUGGCCCAUAUACGGCCAAGGCGAGUGCUUCCCCCUGGUUUACACUUCAAUUUUUUACACUUUCAGCUACCCGAAAUCAACAGGCCCAAGUUCAAUGAGGUCUAGAAAGAAAAACUAUCUAAAAUCUUACUGCGUUUAACCAACCACCAGUCGGGAAGUCUAGCAAGUUUUCAUGUGACUUGCAGACAGCAAAUCGCCAUCAUGCAUUGCAUUUAAAAGUGCUUAAUCUAAUGUCGUCAUCAAAAUAGCGAUUUAGAAAAAAGCCAUAAGCAAGCUAUCUUUUAUUUUGCGCCAUAAUUGUAUAGAGUCAGUGAAGCUAUUGAAUGUGCCAGCAUUACAGCACUCUUAGCAAACCUAGCGUUGUAUCCUGUUAGAUACCAUUUUGUGAUCAAUAUUUUUCCUAGAGAUUGUAGAAUUAUCAAUAUGAAUAAAUAAAAAGCAAAACAAAAUACCUAUCUUGAUAAUAUCACAAUACAAAAGUAGAAAUAAAAGCCAAAUAAAAUAUCAAUAACUAGCUUCCAGAAAACAUCACCAGGGUGAGCUAGUAAAGACUGAUUUGCCUAGAAAUUAGAAUAGACUGUUAGAUUACGUGCGUUUACGUGAGAUUUUCUCUGAUAUGUGUGGGGUUGUUGCCGUUGUGAUUGUCGUCUGAUUAUCCGCUUAGUUUUUCCAUAAUCAACCUACUUCAGGUGUUGUUGUCUCAUGUCCGCGGUAUACUGUAUUGCCUCUUCAUUUUGAUGUAAAAUAGCUUGCAAGGUGAAGGUGCCUUGUUAAGAUUACUUCAGUGCACCGGUGAACUCAAAAGCUGAUCAAACUACACACUUCCUUAAAAGUGAAGUAAAGUGUUAUGCCAAGAUGAUGGACAACAUGGAGUCAGAGCCCGUCAACUCACCUGCGCCUGUGCCCAAACUGUUCAAAAGGCUGGGACAGACGUUUCAGUCGCUGCUGGACCGGUGGACGCCCCACACGGCCGCCCGCUGGGUGUUCACCAUCGUACUGCUGCUCGCCUUCGCCGUCCGCAUCCUGGUCGCUCAGGGAUGGUAUAUAGUAACAUACGCCCUAGCAAUAUACCACCUCAAUCUGCUUAUAGCAUUCCUCACUCCAAAGCUGGACCCCAGCUUAGAAAUGGGUUUUGAAGACGGUGACGAGCCGGGCCUGCCGACCCGUUCCAACGAGGAGUUCAGGCCGUUUAUCCGCCGACUGCCCGAGUUCAAGUUCUGGUACAGCGUCACCAAGGCCACCAUCAUCGCGUUCGUCUGCACCUUCUUCGAGUUCUUCAACAUCCCCGUCUUCUGGCCGAUCCUCGUAAUGUACUUCAUCACUCUCUUCUGCAUCACCAUGAAGCGGCAAAUUAAGCAUAUGAUCAAGUACCGGUACGUUCCGUUCACCUGGGGCAAACCCAAAUACGCCGGCGCCAACGGAACGGCUAUGUAGCUGCCGCCAUCACCGUGCUGGGAGAGUGCAGUGGGGGCAGAGUGCCACACGCCACGCACAGACUGCUGAGAGGACGGUGCGCCCGGCCGGCCACCCAGCCGCAGAGGCUGUCGUGACGGGCCGGCGGCGGCAGCUCGCUAACAGCGCACCGGUGUGAUGUACCCCGGCCACCAGUCACAGUCAGUGCAGUCAGGUGACGCGUCCAGGGCAGAGGCGGACGGCCGGCGCCGCCCGCGGGUCGCACUCAGUGAUCGGUUAGACAGACAGACUAAUGACAGCGGCCACCCGGCCCGGCGCCGGGCGAGCUUCGUUUGAGUUCACCAACACGCGCGUGUUUCGCCCCGUUCACAGUGCUCAGUUUGCAAUGGACGACACGGUGUGGUGAAUGUGAUGCCUAUUUACUGCUUAUUAUUUAUCCCAAAGAAUAAAUUGUGAAUGGUUG